GAUUGUCUCAUCAAUUAAAUGGAAAUGGACUUGACUUGUACCAUGAAGUAUGUUUAAACCCACAAGUGCCUACAUGUACAUGCACAGCUUUCAAAAUAACACCAUGUUGUGAUGGCACAUACAACUUAAUUCUUUUGGAAGAAAUGAGUUACUAAAACCUUCACUGGCUGAAACGCGCUUUUACUUCGCAGCCUAACGUUUUGGCAUCAAAUGAGUUUCACUGUCCAUUAUUUCAUAAAGAUUGUCUUGACACUUCAACUGACUAGAAAAGCAGUGGUCUAAUUCACACAGCUGGAAUAAAGCAAAAGCUUCUAGUUUACUUUUGGUUAAUGAUUAUGUAUUAUCAGAAGGUGAUAUUCUGGAUCUUCUAAAAGGAGAUCAGCUAAUAAAGCAUGAGAAACUCACUAUUUAGAGCACAGGAUGAAUAAACAUACAGCCUGGUUUUAUUAGUGUGUGUGAUGCUUUGAACAAGUCUAUGUCUACAGAAAGAAACAAAAACAGUGUGGCAACGCAGUUAUUUCAAAUUGUGAAAUAUUUCCUUUUCUCUGCUCUCUAACCUCACAGUUUAGCCGGAUAACAGUUCUCUAGCGAUAGUGGCUCCGUCCUAAACAGCAUAACAUCAUACUCAGUAGCAGGGCUAGAUGUAGGCAUGUCAUUGCGCUGUGCACACUACCUCCUGCACCACCGUGUUUAGUGCGGUUUGGGACACAGCCAACGCCUGAACAAAAACACGCCGCGUGUUACCCGGAUGUGCUGUUGUUCCAUAGGCGGUGCUGUUCCGGGACUCACAGAGAAGAGAGACUGGCCGAGGAGAUACUGUUCUGCUCAAGAAGAUUAGAAAAAUACAUCUAUACACAUUAUCAUAAUUAUUAUUUAAACCUUUCCCUUCAACACGACGGUUAGAGGAUUGUAUUGUCGCGGAGAUGAAAUGAGUAAAUCGACCUUGGGCUUUAUUUGAAGGUCAGUUAUCAUGCAGUGAGAGGGGCUGGCGUGUGGUUCCUGAUCCCGCUAUCCCAUGCCCACAGUGCCAGACUGAGGUGCUCUCUCAGGGGCCUCUCUUGCUCCCUCUGUGCCCGGAGCCAUGGAGCACACGCGGGAGAAGGAGAGCGAGCGGCCGGCGCGGAACACUAAGACUGCUCAGAGCCGCAGCACACACUCUCGCCCGUCUGGCUCUGGCUCAUCUGGUGUGCUGAUGGUCGGCCCAAACUUCCGUGUGGGGAAGAAGAUCGGAUGUGGAAACUUUGGGGAGCUGAAGCUUGGUAAGAACCUUUACACCAAUGAGUAUGUUGCAAUAAAACUGGAACCUGUGAAGUCGAGGGCGCCGCAGCUGCAUCUGGAGUACCGUUUUUAUAAAACUCUGGGCAGCACAGUGGAAGGGUUGCCACAGGUAUACUACUUCGGCCCCUGUGGGAAGUAUAAUGCAAUGGUUCUGGAGCUGCUAGGUCCCAGUCUGGAGGACUUGUUUGACCUGUGUGACCGAACAUUCUCCUUGAAGACGGUUCUCAUGAUUGCAAUUCAGCUGAUAACUAGGAUGGAAUAUGUCCACUCAAAAAACCUCAUCUACCGGGACGUCAAGCCAGAGAACUUCCUAAUUGGGCGUCAGGGCAGUAAAAAGGAGCACAUCAUCCACAUAAUUGACUUUGGUCUUGCAAAAGAAUACAUCGACCCAGAGACCAAAAAACACAUACCUUACAGAGAACACAAGAGCCUGACUGGCACAGCUCGUUACAUGUCCAUCAACACACAUUUGGGAAAGGAGCAAAGUCGACGGGAUGACCUGGAAGCACUCGGCCACAUGUUUAUGUACUUCUUGCGGGGUAGUCUGCCAUGGCAGGGGCUGAAGGCAGACACAUUGAAAGAACGUUAUCAGAAAAUCGGAGACACCAAACGAAACACUCCCAUUGAGGUUCUCUGUGAGAACUUUCCAGAGGAGAUGGCUACAUACUUGCGCUACGUACGGCGGUUAGAUUUCUUUGAGAAGCCUGAUUAUGAGUAUCUAAGGACUCUCUUCACUGAACUAUUUGAAAGGAAAGGAUAUACAUUCGACUACACGUACGACUGGGUCGGCAGACAGAUUCCGACACCAGUCGGGUCAGUUCAUGUGGAUUCAGGAGCCUCUGCUAUAACUAGAGAAUCCCAUGCCAACAGAGAAAGACCUUCACAACAUCAGCCGCUGCGGAACCAGACGGUCAGCUCGGAGCACAGGGGAGCAUGGGACACGCAGCCUCAUCGGCACACCAACCUGUCUUACCUGAGCUCAUAUAUGGCUUCUGACCGGCAUGGGGGCUCUGCACAGGUGAUCAGCUCAACCAAUGGGGAGCUGAAUGCAGACGACCCUCUGGUAGCCCAUUCCAACGCACCAAUAACAACGCAGGCAGAAGUGGACGUGGUGGAUGAGGCCAACUGCGUGAAAAUGCUCAACUUGUGGUGCUGCUGCUUCUUCAAGCGUAAAAGGAAGAAGAGUUCCCCAAGGCACAAAUGAGCCAAAAUAUUCCUCUCCUUAUUUUCACUGUACUGCUGAUGUGAGCCUCUCCAUGGAGACGCAUUUACAGCUGGAAAUUUACAAGGCCAGUACAUACAGUACAUACAGUGGCCCUGCAAGAAUGUUAAGCUUCUUAACAGUCCAGAGACAAAUGGACAGGACUGUCUCCCCUUUGCACUCUUUUAAUUUGCCUUUUCAUCCUGAUACUCCUUUAUUUAUAUAUUUUAAUGUUUUUACGGAUGUCUGUCCCUAUGAAGAGCCAGUCAAUAUAGGACAGUCAUGCUGCAUUUCUUCCUAAAGGGUUGUAUUUUGCUAUGGACAUUUAACUUUUCCCAAAUGUUCAACCAUUUCAAUGACCUUUCUUGCUCUUGUGCUUGGCCUGUUUAUUGUUUUAUUUUUUUUUCCUUUUGUCUGGUUUUCCCCAUGCUCUUGGACAGAGAGGAAUUCAUCACCUGGUGGUACCUGGACUCAGUAGCACAGAUUACUUCCACUUCGCUUCGGUUUUCUUCUACAGAUUCUGUGCAUUUUGAAUAUAUAUGUCCAUUUACUGUAUGCAUCCUGCCUUACUUACACCCAUAAACGCAUAAGCACUAUGUCGUGACAAAAUAACUCAUUUAAUUCAAAGUUCAAAACUCCACAAGACCAUAACAGUCACAAUGAAAUGAAUGUUACACUGGAGACAAAUAUUAUUGCAUGUAACAGUGCAAUACAUACAUCAGUAUGUAUACGUGUAUGAAUCUCUAAAGGGGUUUUGCAUAGAUGACUGGCUUGCGAAAGAAGAUUGUCCCCUAAGACCAAAAUCUAAAAAAAAAAAAAAAAAUUACUCAAUAUAUUGAAGUAUUUAUCCUGAAGGUAUUUGUGGCAUGUAAAAUGUUUGAUUAGGUAACCAAAAGCCAUAUUUCAUGGAACUGUGUAUUUAAUCGUAUUGUAGUUUGCAUGAUCCAAUCCAUGGCUUCUCUUAAUACAUUUACAGCAGGGGUGUAAACGAGAAAGCGCAAAUCAGUACCACUCAUUUUAGCUUCAGCUUGCAGAGCACAUUUGCUAUGUGCUGUUAUAUAGAAACUUUCAGCUUUGAAUGUGCAAUACCCUUUCCCAAAGUCUUAAAGGUUAGAAUUCUCUAUCACCACUAUUUUUUUUCCAUUUUUUUCUUAUUUGUGUGUCAUAUUUUCAAAUUAGGGAAGAUAAUUAUAGAAGACUGUUUUCCCACAAACAUAUGAGGCCAACAGAUUACAGUAGGUUUAUGUAUAUUGAUGUGGGUUCGUGCAGUAAGAUGGAAGGUAUCGCUCUUUCAUAUUGCCGGGUCUCUUCUCUCAUGUCCCCUGCAGAUGAUUGUGUGUAAUGCCUUGAGUACAGGGAUGCAUUCACACUAGCCAGAUCAUUAAAAUGAUUAUACCUGGGUAAAAAAUAUCAGACAGAUAACUUUAGAGGAUUGGACUAGCUCCUGUCCUAUCCUGUAUGAAUGCUGAGAUGGACUACAAGCCUGUCAUAAUAUGACAUGUGAUUUACCUGCAAAUAAUUAUACUGAAUAUAUCAUCAUUAGAUGUAAAGAGCAUUUGUCUUAAUGCCCAAGAUGCUCCAGAGAUGUUGGGUAUUAGGUAAACAGUGUUCAAGUUCUUUGCACCUUGACAUACUUGAGCAUUUAAGAGAAAGUUAAAUUAACCUUUCUUUAAAUGCAUCGUGUUCUGGACUAAUACAUCUACUUUUUUUUAACUGUGUUAUAUUUCUGCUUUGGUCCUCAAGCUAGCUUUUGUUUGAGUGAUUGUUUCUUCAUGUGUAAUCUAACAAGCAGCUGCCUGUUUAUAGCAUUAAUUCUAUUGCAGAACUUUUGUACUGUAACUGUUUCUUUUUUUUAUGUUUGGUUUUUGUUUUUGAAUAUGGAUUAAUAAUUGCGGCCUAAAUGGUGAACUUUUUUCAGAUUUUGCCUUUAAACAAAAUGAACAUUUAUUUUGUAUUUAAUGAACCAUGCCUCAAAUGGGAAUUUUAUGGUGUGUUUCUGUGCAUUUACAGUGCAUAUGAGUGUAUGUGGUCACUUUAUUUGUAAUUUUAUUGAUUGUGAAUAUUUGUGAAUAUUUUUAUUUCAUUUAUUCGGAGAACACUAAGGUCUCCACGGCACCUCCUGGUGGGGUGAAUGACUGGAUCUGUGCUUUUCUCCUAAAUUAGCCAUAUAUGGUAAAAAAUAUAUAUGUGUAUAUAUAUGUAUAAUGAUUAUUUGUGCAUAAUCAUUUAAGUUAUGACUUAAGUUGUUUUGUUUGGACACUGACUGAACCGGUGUUGAAAUCAUUGUAUUAGCUGGACAUCAUCAUGAAUCUUAGACUAGGUGACGUAGGACCAGAUUUCCAUUGUAUGCGUUUAUUUUAGUCAUGUAUGGUUGAUACUGAAACUGAUCAUUCACUGUUAUGUUCAGAAUUUGUUUUAGCUUAUAUUAUUAUUAAUGGAAGCUUUUUAUCUUUACAUUUGACAUUUGAUUUCUGAGUUUUUGUGGGGCAGAAGGAUUACAGUAAUGUGACUGUAACUUUGCCUUCGUACCCCCAAGUCGGUAUCUGCUUUGAGUCAUGUAAACACUGGUUCACUGGGGCAUUGUGGGACACUUGUAUUUCAACGUGUUUUUUCUUUCUGCACCACUGGUUCCAGCACCAUCCGCAUCUAUCAUGAUUUGUGUCUUGUCAAAGAUUCAACGCUUGCUUACUUUUACUUGUUUAAUUCCUGAGUGCAUUGAGAUAAUGUGCUCACAUACAAACAUGCCCUACAGAAACAAGGGCACGUUUAGAGAGAUCAUUCCUUAUAAGUAAUCAUCCUUUCUCAAAGCUACAGUCUUAAACCAUAUGGUCUGGUUCCCUGUUCACACAUUAUGCCUUAUUCAGAAAAUGCUUUUUAAUGAAACAAGUCUGGAAAGUGAAGUAAAUGUUUAAAAAAGAUUUAGCUUGAGAGAGGCGCAUUCCCUUGUUUAAUCUCCCAACCACAGGGAACUGAAACCACUAAUGAAACCACAUUGAGAUCAGUCAGAAGCUGUCUUGUUGUAAAAUAUGUAAAAUAUUUCAUUGUUUGAUGGUCUCAUGAUGAAAAUGAAGUCUAUUACAGAGCUGGGUUUUAUUUUAUCCCUGGUUUGAAGCAAGCCUGCACAGAUAAAUAAAAGCAAAGGAAAGUUAACAUGAAAGUUAAGGGAAGGUGAUUUUUCACAGACUUUUUUUUCUCCACUAUUUCGACCUUGUCUUGGACUAAAUGCUGUUAUUAAGGAUUUCUAACAAGGAGCUUUGUUCAUGUACAGUGGCAUCAGGGCUUAAUGUGUGUCUGGAUAAAACAGGCCCCCAAAAUGUAUUAUUAAUAUUGUGUGUUAAAAUGUUGAAUGUCAUUUCCAAAUUUUAUCCUUAUGCUUUAACUGUGCUAAAGGGCUCCAGUUGUGAAGAAUCCAUUAGUUUUUGAGAUUUUGGGAAGUUUUGUUUUCAGACAGACAGGCAGCCUCUCUGUGUAAUGGCCAUUGUUCAGAGGCACCGAUAAACACUUUUUAUUCCUUCAACCCAGAGGGGAAGCUCAAGUUUGGACCCUUUUUUAAUGUAAAAUAAAAAAAAAGAUCUCUCUCUUACCCUUCA